CCUUUCUCCAGAAUCGGGGUUCACAUCCAGGCUCCUCUACUCGCCAGCUGGGGCACCCUAGACAGCCACAUCACUCAGCUGCCCGGGCACCUGGCUGCCCCACCCAGCCUUUCCAGGAGCCCAGGGAGCCAGCACUCCUGUCGGCAGCUCCCACCGGCCAUGGAGAUUCCCGAGACCCACCCCGCCCCGAGGGGGCGCUGCCUCUGGAUCUUAACCGCCCUACUGCUUCUGGCCGCUCCAGCCACCCCGGACGCUGCCAAGAUAACUGGCCCCCCAGCCUGUGGGAAGCCCCAGCAGCUGAACCGCAUCGUGGGCGGCGAGGACAGCGUGGGUGCUGAGUGGCCCUGGGUCGUGAGCAUCCAGAAGAACGGCACCCACCACUGCGCAGGCUCUUUGCUCAGCAGCCACUGGGUGGUCACAGCUGCCCACUGCUUCAAAGGCAGUCUGAACAAACUAGCCCAGUUCUCUGUGCUGCUCGGGGCCUGGCAACUGGGGAACCCAGGCCCGAGGUCUCAGGAGGUGGGUAUCGCCUGGGUGCAGCCCCACCCUGUGUACUCCUGGAAGGAGGGCUCCCGUGCCGAUAUCGCCUUGGUGCGCCUGGAGCGCUCCAUCCAGUUCUCGGAACGUGUCCUGCCCAUCUGCCUGCCCGAUUCCUCCGUCCGGCUCCCUCCGGGCACUGACUGCUGGAUUGCCGGCUGGGGGAGCAUCCAUGAUGGAGUGCCCCUGCCCCGACCUCAGACCCUCCAGAAGCUGAAGGUUCCCAUCAUAGACUCCGGAAUCUGCAGCCGCCUGUACUGGCGGGGCACCGGGCAGGGGGCCAUCACGGAGGACAUGCUGUGUGCCGGCUACCUGGAGGGGCAGCGCGAUGCCUGCCUGGGCGACUCCGGGGGCCCCCUGAUGUGCCAAGUCGAGGGCACCUGGCUGCUGGCCGGCGUCAUCAGCUGGGGCGAGGGCUGUGCGGAGCGCAACCGGCCUGGCGUCUACAUCAGCCUGGCCGCCCACCGCUCCUGGGUGCAGAGGAUCGUGCAAGGGGUGCAGCUCGGCGGGCACGCGCAGGGCAGUAGGCCCGCAGGGCGCCGGGGACGGGCUUCCGGGGUGCGGCGCGCUCCCGGGGCGGGCAGGGACCAUCGGGGUCAGGGAGCUUCCGGGAGACCGCGCGGCGCUUCCUCCUUGUGAAAAAGCCGACUACCUCUAGGGGGCGCCUGCGUGCUGGCGCCGGAUCGCCUCGCGGGGUGGCCCCGCCCCAGGCCGGGCCGGGAGGCCUGUGUGUGUAUAUACCUGUUAAUGAUUUUUACAGUUACUUGUAACCCCGCCCACAUGUCUUAUUUAUUCCUCCGAUUUCAAUAAAUUAUUUAUUUCCCA